AUACAACAGUUUGGAUUGUUCUUUCCUUAGCUGUAUGAAUAACUGGUAUUUACAUCAGCUUGAUGUCAAUACAGCUUUCUUACAUGGUGACCUUGAUGAAGAGGUAUACAUGAAGAUACCUCCUAGUCUAAUUGUGCCACCUGGUUUUAAAAAUUGUGUUUGUCGUCUAAAUAAGUCUUUAUAUGGUUUAAAGCAAGCUAGCCGUUAAUGGAGCAUCAAACUUUCUAACUUUCUUACAUCUACAGGUUAUAAACAAUCCAAAGCAGAUUAUUCUAUGUUUGUUAGAAAGCUUGAUUCUUCCUUUACUGUAGCUUUAGUAUACAUUGAUGACAUUAUCCUUGCGGGUAAUGAUCUUUCUGCUAUUCAGAACCCGAAAACUCAACUUCUUCAAGCUUUUACCAUUAAAGACUUAGGUGAACUUAAGUUUCCCUUGGCUUAGAGAUAGCUCGGUCCUCCAAAGGAAUUCUUCUUAAUCAAAGGAAGUUUGCCUUGGAUCUUUUAACUGAUUAUGGUUAUCUAGCAGCAGAACCUUGUGAUUCUCCUGCUGUCCCGGGUUCCAAGCUUUCUGCUAACUCAGGAACAUUAUUAACUGACCCUUCUAUUUAUAAAAGAUUGGUAGGCAGGUGACUCUACCUUUACAACACUCGGCCAGACCUUGCUUACGCUGUUCACCAGCUAAGCCAGUUCACCCACACACCCACUGAUCACCAUAUCCAGGCAGCUGAAAGGGUUCUUCGCUAUAUCAAAGGUACAGUCGGUCAAGGUUUGCUCUGCUCCUCUACUUCUGACCUUAAAUUAUAUUCCUUUUGUGAUAGCGACUGGGCUGGUUAUCCAGACACCAGGCGUUCCACAACAGGCUUUUAUGUUCUCAUCAUUAGUAACUCCUUGAUCAGUUGGUGAUCAAAGAAACAGAAAACUGUUUCUAGAUCAUCUGCUGAGGCAGAAUAUAGGGCCAUGGCUAGCUUAACAUGUGAAUUAUUAUGGAUUCGUUACAUUCUUCAUGAUCUGAAUGUUACUCUUAAUGUCCCUACCACUAUUUUUUGUGAUAGUCUCUCUGCAAUUAGGUUAGCUGACAAUCCGGUAAAUCACGAACGCACCAAACACAUAGAAAUAGAUUUCCAUGUUAUUACGGAUCAAAUUUUACUUGGUACGAUUAAGGUUAUACAUGUUUCAUCUGCCCAUCAACUCGCUGAUAAUUUCACAAAAGCUCUUCCAAUGCAUGUGUUUAAGCAUCUACAGGUCAAGCUGGGUCGUUUGGAUGUAUAAGCACCAGCUUGCCGGAUUGGGGGGGGGGGAGUUGUCCAAGAUAUAAGAAGCGAGGACUUUAUUGUAAUCUUUAUGAACUUUAUAGUGCAAUCUCUAAAUGAUGCAAAGUAAUAGUAGUAAAUAGGAUAUUAACUUUGAUUAUACAGAUAUGUAAAUGUAACUUUUACGCGUGAAAUGAAAUCUGCUUAUCAGGCUUCUCCGGUGAUCAACAACUUUCAUAAUCUUGAAAGCACCACACAGCAACUCUACAAAUUCUUCCCACCUCUUCAAUAUCAGCAUUCUCUUCCAAUCUUGGAUCCAACAGAUGUAUCACAUUCCCACCUUCAUUCAAAACAGCUGCUACCCAACUUGGGAAGUAACGACCUACGCAUGUAUGUCGCUGUGAGUUUCUCCUUCCUGAUACUAGCACAAAGAGCAUAAUCCCAUAACUGUAUACAUCAGCUUUCACAGUUAUGGCCUCCCUUGAAAUCCAUUCCGACGCUAGGUACCCUAUUGUUCCCCGUAGAAGAACACGGAAUCCAAAAGCACAUUGUCUGGCUUGAUGUCACAGUGAAAUAUGCAUUCUUUGAACUUCUCGUAUGGAUAUGCCAAGCCUUUGUGCUCCUAAUGCAAUGUUAUAUCGCGUUUUCCAGCUAGGGUCUUUGAGCCAACUUCUUUGAACAAGUGAGAUGCUAAUGAACCGUUUGGCAUAUAGUCAUAUACUAACAGCAUCCUAGAUUUAUCAUAUGAGGAUCCUUUGUGACCAACCAGAUUGACAUGUUGGAUUGCACCAAGGGUCCUAACUUCCGCAAGGAAUUGCUUGUGCUUGUCAGCGUGGCUGAAGUUGAUGACCUCCACCUUCUUAACUACUACAACACUUGAAUCAGGCAGUUUACCUUUAUAAACAGAACCAAAACCUUCUUCUCCCAACUUCUCCAUGAAAUUUCAUGUAGAAAUCUUCAACUCUUUGUGGGUAAAAGCCGCUAUAGACCCUUCCAUUACCUGUCCAAGUUUAGCCUUUCGGUUCGUUCUCCAUCUUAAGAUUAUCAUAUCCCAAUGUAGUUUUUUUUAGAUGUUGAUGCGGGAGAGAAGAAGUCAAGGACGAAGUUCUGAUCGGAGGAGACGAUGGUCUGGUUGCCGGAGAUAGACGGGUUGAGAUUGAGAAUUUGGGUAAGAAGAAGAAUAGAAUUAAGAAUCGGCCGAGGCCUUUGAGAGACAGAGAUUGAGAAAUUAGAGGUCAGGGAGAGAAUAGGGUUUAAGAUAUACUUUCUAAAUGAUUUUUCUUGCUUGAUUAGAACUCAAUACCCAAGUAAUUUAUAGGGAAAGAUAAGAAAAUCUAAUAAUAAACCUAAUUCUACUAAAAACUACUAAACAUAUUAAUAAUAUCCCUAAUGUCGCAACCACCCCUUGUAAUCGAGGACCCGUCAUGAUAUGCUCGGAGUCGCCAUCGACCGUAGUUGUAGUGCGUAGAACACUAUUUGGUACGGUCUCGACCUUAGGGUCAAAACCUGAAUUUGGCCUGCGAAAUUUUAGAGAUUUGGGUUCGGGAGUACGGUUACGUGUGGGGAAGUAUAUUCACACCCCACAACGCCCCAAGAUGGGUACUACUGAAAUCGAUAAUCAUUUAAGGGUUGGCUGUGUAAUUAAUUGUGAUUUGUUUGUGUAUUUAAGCGUAAUAUUCGAUUAUUUUUAAUUAUUUUGAAUGUAAAUUUUCAGAGUCAAAUUGGACGAUAUUAUUAGUGUAAAUUUUGGAUUUAAAGUUACAGAUUUUCACGUCUAUUGACAUAAAAAAAUGGUUUUAAGAUUGGUUGGGCUCGAACCUAUUGGUUGCCUACGUACCCGAGUUAAUCGGGAUCAAAGUCCACAUAGUUCGAUCAAGUUGAUUGGUUUUGAAAAGGGGAUCGUAACACGUUUCUAUUGAUACGUGAUUAAGAUAAUAAUUGUUUUUCUUAUUUAAGAGAUGUGAUUUGGUAUUUAUGAUUUAAAGGAAGAAAAUUUAUUAGUUGGACUCGAACCUAUUGGUUGCCUACGUACCCGAGUAGUCGGGAUCAAAGUCCACGUAGUUCGUUUUAAAAAAUGUGUGAUUUCAAGUGUUAACGCUUACACGUCAAAUUGUUGAUAAAAUGUGUUAGUCGGACUCGAACCAAUUGGUUGCCUACGUACCCGAGUAGUCGGGAUCAAAGUCUACAUAGUUUGGGUCAAGUUGAUUUAGUUAUAACCACAUUACGCUGAUCGUGGUUAUGAAAUAAAUGAUUUUAUUUAGUUUUGAAACAUGAAGAAAAUUUUACGUUUCUGAAAGUAAUGGAAUUAAUCUAACCAAGAGAUUAUCUCGCGUUUAAAAUUUUGUAUUAAGAGUGUUUAAAAUAGAGUAAAAUAAGGCUAAACACACCCACUUUUGAAUAGCUUGCACGUAGGCCGAUUGGUCAACUUGCUGGACUAAUUUCGCUAGCUAACAGGAGGUAGAAUGUUCGACGCUCACUUAGUACCGAGUUAGGUAUAAGUUUCUCUCUUAGAAACGCUAGACGACUCAAAACAACCGCCUCUCACUCUCUCUCUCUCUCUCUCUCUCUCUCUCUCUCUCGAUUCUUCCUCUCUGCUUCCUCUCGUUCACUUCUUCGUCGAACUAGAAACCAUCUGGUUUCUCGCCCCAAACCGCCCUCACCUCCUCGCUCUCCUUUUUUAUUACCAGAAAGAAGCCCUAUCAUCUCCUCUCUAACAAAAGAAAAUCGACCCCUCCUCUCUCUCCCUCUUUCGACGUACGAAAACGAAGAAGGGGAGAAACCCUUCUCCGAUCCGCCUCUCUUCUUCCCCUCUCGAUUUCUUUCACCUUAUCUCCUCUCUGGUUCUCUUCCACUCUCCUUAUACUGCCACCUAUUCUACUCCCAUCGUCGGCAGUAAAUCUGCUAGAAUCCGACUUAAUCCGACCUCGACUAGGUAAAAUCGAUACAUGCAACUCGGUUUUCGGUGUUUGAUUUUGUUUUUAUUGAUUUUAAUUGGUUUUUGUUUUUGUAUUUUUGGGGUUCUGCCCUUGAUCGAGGAAAGAAGGAUACAACAACAACUGGGAAGGACGCCGGCGACGUCGAAGUGAGAAGGAGUCCGACGGAUUGUGACUUUCUGGUUUUCCUUGUGUUUAAGAUGGAAACUCAGUUUUCGUAAUGAGCUUUCAACACCCUAUACAAACUAGAACUUUUUGUGUUUUAAUUUACUGCAGCUUAAAUAAAAGAUUUUGAUUGUUGUGACUAUGUGUUCUUGGUUGGUUUAUUCAUGUGCAUGGGUUUGAGGUGAUUGUGAUGGUUUUUGGUUAAGAGCUUGUAUGUGUCGAAUAUGUUUUUGAUUGUUUAUAAAUUUUGAUUUUAGAUUAAUUAUGGAGCAUACCAUAUAAAAAUGGAAACAAGUAGUAGAAUUAGAAACGAAUAUCGAAAUGGACGGAAUAAAGUGGUCAAGAAAAGAACAUGAAAGAAAACAAAUAUGUUUUCUGUUUUUAUUAUGGAAGUGUUAGAUAAAAAGAUUACAUUGAAUGAAGUUUAAUCGAGAAGAUGGAUGAACCAUAUGGUUAUACUUAUACAGUUAUUAGUAGAUUAGUAACUGUAGAAAUAAUAUAUAUAACUAUGAGUUGGUUGUCUUAACAGAAAGAAAGUCAUCUUGAAUGAAAAUACUUGUAUGCUAUUAAGUUUAUAAACUUAGAAUUUAGGAGAAAAAUAAGUACAAUAAUGAUGAUUGUAGUAAGUAGUUGGAUUACAAUGAUGUUGAGUGUUUGAAAGGAAAAGAGAUUCAGAUAUGAUCCUCUUAAGGUGUUUAGAUGGACUUGUAAUUUGCUUGGAGGUAACCACUUAUAAUUUCCUCUUAAAGCUUGUUAAGAAAGGUAGAAGUGAGAUGAUUAUGUAUGGCGAUGAUUGAAUCUAAAGAUGGUUAAGUUGUUUGCUUACCAACCUUUUGCUUGAUGUUUGGAAUGGGUUGAAAUGCUUUCCUCCAAUUUCUUGUUGUUGUCUUGUAAUCUUUUUAGCUCUUCUUGUCUUUGCUCUCCUUUUUGUUCUCUUUUGGCUGUGUUUUAUUUUUGUUGCUUCGUGAGGAAAGGAAGGGGAGCUCUCUGUUUCAGUUUGUAAAGGAAAAUAGUUUUUUAUGUUGUUUUUCUUUGUACCAGCCACCGAGAAGAAAGAGUAUGGACUAUUGAAGCUUCUUUUAUUUUGUAGAGUGUUUUCUUUGAAGAGGAGGAGCCUAAGAAGAAACCGCGGAAAGAAAGUUUGUCUUUGAGGGAGUAGAGGCGUGAGGAAGAAGAAGCAGAACUCCCUCUUUUCUCUGUUUUUUUCUACAGCUCCUGAGGAGGAAGAAGAAGAAGUAAAAGAAGAAAAGGUGUCUAAAUUUUGGUUCUGAGCAGAGGCGUCUCUGCUUUAUUGAGGGGAAGGAAGUGUCCCCAAGGAAGCUCCCUGUCCCUCUGUUUUUAUAGUAAAAUAAUGUACUGUAGCGCCAGAAUAGAGUAGGUUAGUGUAUUUUUCUGAUUGGAUGGUGAAUGGGCUGGGCCUGGUCUGGUUCGACCAGUCUAGCUAGACCAAUGUUAGGCUUGGUCCGAAUUUAGUUGGGUCAGUCUGUUGCAAUUGGGUUUGGGCCUGACUUGUUGACUGGGCUUGACCAAGAUACGAGCCUCAUGUGGCUGACUAGGCUUGAUUGGCAUCUUUUAACUUGGGCAGGUUUGAGCUUAAUUGUAAAAUUGUAAUUAUUGAUUGUUCUAAUUAUGUAGUUACUUUAUUGUAAUUGUCUUAAAUGAAAUUGUUAUUUCUUU